CAGAAUGACAUAAGCUACAAUACUAACACAUCCAUCGCUAGGACUCCUUUCUGACUGCCCGUUCUUAUUACGAAUCGGAAGAAGUUGGCCAUGGCGCUGCCACAACCUGUGACGAAUGGCUGGAGCACAGGCUUUUGCGACUGUUGUGCGCAGCCCGGCGGAUGUGGCUGGUGCUUGUACGCAACAUGCUGCACCCCUUGUGCUUAUGGAUCGCUUUUGGAGCUCCUGCCGGAGAACCAUGUUUGCUGUGGGGGAAGCUGCGUGGGAGGAUGCUGCGCCUACUGCGGGGCAUACCUAGUUGGAUUCCCCUGCCUCCUGCAAAUGAUGGAACGCAGCUACAUCCGCAACAAGUACAACAUUCCCGGCGAUGGUUGCACAGACUUCAUCGAAAGUCGAAUUCCCUCUAGGGGGCUCACCUGGUGGUGCGGUCCUUGCGCCCUGUGCCAAGACUACCGCGAGGUCCAGAUCCGCAAUGCAGCUCAGCAGGGCUUCAGCAUGGUGCCACAGCAGCAGGUCAUGGUGCCGCCGCCGGCUCAGGCCGCCCCCGGUUACGCCUACCCGCCUCCUCCCGCCGGCUACGCGCCUCCCCCCGCCGGCUACGCGCCUCCCCCCGCCGGCUACGCGCCUCCUCCCGCCGGCUAUGCGCCUCCCCCCGCCGGCUAUGCGCCUCCUGCCGGGUACGCUGCCCCGCAGCCUCCGCAGAUGUACCCUCCGGUGCCCCCACCUUACGCCCAGGAGCCGUCCAAGGUGUAAGAUGUAACUAACCUUUGGCGUUUGGAGUGUACGACAUGUUAGUUAUGGUUGUUUGGCAUGUCAGCGCCUCUGCCAAAGCUUGGGUUUUGUUGUUGUGUUCGCAGUACCGCCCCUCGAAAGCGUUGGCCACUGCAGGGGGGUUGUACACAUGCACAUCGGCUCGUUUUCGACUCGCACCCUUAAGAUAUCCGUUGGUACGUGAACCAUGUUGACUCUUGUAUAUACAUGUGCAACUUUGUGCUGUACCGGUGUGUCGGAUAUGGUAGUACCAAAGCUGCUCUUGAGCUUAAUUGGAAUGCGGUUCGUGUAUUGUGUUGCGUUGACCUGCCGUUUAGGGGUGAGCCAUGCAGCAUUUAUACUGGGUCGUUUUCUGCACUGGGACUGGGAUUUGAACUGUGUUACAUGUUUGCAUCUUGGCGUUGUUGGCCUGUUUCUAUAAACAUAUGAAGGGUAAGACUGGCAUGUUGAUAAGAGAAAGCGUGGCUGAGUGUGCUUGGUGUGCUGGUUGUUGUGCUUUGACUGUUCAAUGGGGCAACUGUUUGGAUAUGGCUCUUUCCCACUGCCGAAACAGGCUUUACACGUGACUACUGCAACGGUACUUGAUGUUUGGCACGGAGGACUGUCUGUGAGCAUAUAUUCCCAUACUCAUUAUUAGACUGUGAAUGCUGUAUUUGUGCGUUGAAUGGUUGGACUCUUAAGCACUGCAUGCUGUCGGCUUGAAGUUAUUUUGGCACUAUUUGCGGCGAAACCAAUCUUGCAAGCGCCAAACCAAAUAGCCCGCCUGCAGUCCGACUGUCAUUUCGGCUACUUGUUUGUUAACGGCUUCACGCAAUAGUUAGGGUCUCUUUUGCUGCGCUUACCAGUUGCUGAUACGGGUGCGGCGUACGAAGGCGUCAGGGGGUACCAAAAGGAUUUUUUAUUAGCUCGGGCACAAACA